UCUGAAGUGUCAAACACACAAUUGAAGUCAAUUAAUUAAUCGCGCCCACAACCAUCCAUCCAAAUCCAAACCCGAGGAUUCCGAGACCUGAAAAUGGACGGAGCUCCGACGACGAGCGGGAGCGCAGGAGGAGGGGGAGGCGGUCCGGCGCCAUUUCUGAUGAAGACAUACGACAUGGUGGACGACUCGACGACGGACGAGAUCGUGUCGUGGAGCCAAAACAAGACGAGCUUCGUGGUGUGGAACCCGCCUGAGUUUGCCCGGGUCCUCCUCCCGGCCUUUUUCAAGCACAACAACUUCUCCAGCUUCAUCCGCCAGCUCAACACCUAUGUAUGAAUCAAGGUUCAUCGAGAAGAUUAUUGAAGAAAUUGUGUAAAGUGAGCCAAGCUUGCUUGCUUGCAUGUUGCCAUACACCCUAUAGGAAUACAUUCUUGUGUUGAAAAGAUGAGGAAAACUUUAUUAAAUCUUGGAACAAGUGAUGUUGGUAUUGUGGGCAUCCAGUGGAUGGGUGGAAUAGGCAAAACAACAAUAGCAAAAGCUGUCUAUAAUGAAAUAUGCCAUGGAUUUGAAGGAAGUAGCUUUCUUUUAAAUGUUAAAGAAAUAGCAUAACAAUCAAAUGGCUUGAUUCGUUUACAAGAACAACUUCUUUCUGAUGUCUUGAAAACGAAGAAUUGGAAGAUUGGCAAUGUUGA